AAAAAAGUUAGUUGCGUGUUUGUUUGUUUGUUUGUUUGUUAUUGUGUUUUGUGUUUUUGUGUUGUGUAUUUCAGCAUGGACACGCACGGCGGCGGAGGAGCACUGCAGUUUUGUUGUCGGCUCUGCAGUUUCUCCAGCCCCAGCGUGGAGCGCGUCCGGGACCACCUGAGCUCCCAGCAUGCCGUGCAGGGGGUGUGGCUCUGCCCGCUGUGCCAGGCAGAGCUGCAGGAGGGGGAGGGGCUGACGGAGCACCUAAGGAACGGGCACAGCGUGGUGCCAUCCUGCCUGGAGAGACUGCUGCAGUCUGCUGUCAAAGUUGAUGCUCAGAUCUCCACUCGAACCGUGCGUCGCACGCUCACUGCCUCGCACAACAGUGACGUCACAGACUCGCGGACAGAACCCAAAAACCAAACGAAGAGGCCGACCCGCCACCUGCUGGCGCCGGCCACCCCCAAUAUCCCGGUGACCCAGUCCAAACGGGGGGAGCCCCCUCCCCUCGCCCUGACUCAAGCAGCGACAUCGGCUCCCUCCACUGGGCAAGACAACGGCACGACGGCCCGCGACUUCCAACCGGAACUGGAACCCGCGCUCCGGAGCCACGACGACGCCGACGAAGGGGGCGGGGGCACGUCCGGUUCAGACCCCCUCGGCCCUCUGUCGGGGCCCCGUGCAGGCCAGCCCGCCGCUCCGGAUAGGUUCCUGGACCCCCGCCGGCCUCACAAAUGCCACUCCUGUCGCGAGUCGUACACGACCAGGGGCGUGCUGGCAGCUCACAGCAAGUCCGUCUCUCACCUGCAGGCGCUCAGCAAGGGCUCCGGCUGGAACGCUGGCAGUGGCGGCGCCUGUUCUCCAGCCACCCUGGAAAAAAAACCGUACAAGUGCGCCACCUGCAGCGUGGCGUACAGUCAGAGCUUGACCUUUGACAUACACAUGCGCUCGGUCCUGCAUUUAAGCAGAGCGAGAGCGGCUACUAAUACAGAUAAUAAUAAUAUUAAUAAUGUCACUACUGCUGCUGCUGCUAAUACAAUUUCAAGUGAUAAUAAUUAUGAUGGACCCAAAGCUAACGGUAGCGACCUGCCUGUGAAAGACCCAGCGGAAACCAGUUUGAACUCCCAGUCGCAGCCAAGCGGGCCACCGGAACCAGUACCGGCCUUCCUCUACCCCCUUUCCUGUCCCCAAGCAGCGUCCCCCCUCCCCCUCUCCUGCCUCCUGCCCCAGACGGUCUCUCUCUUUGCCCCGAUGCUGAACGGCUUGAAUGAGUCCAGCGGUAGCGGUGAAGGGGUGGAUAUGGGAGGGACGGGAGGGGGAGCGUUGCCCCAGAAUCCUCUCUCUCUGCUGGGGCUGAACUUCCAGCCCGCCGGGGCACCUUCUCCCCGUCUCCUAAAUGCGCUUCACGGGUCGGGGGCUGGCGGCGUGUCGGAGGGGGAGCGAGGGAUCACGGACUCGCGAGGAGGAGAAGGAAAAAUGCAAGGCAGACCUUCAGCCAACGGUCCUUCACGGCUGACGACGGCUGAAGGAGAGGAGGAGGAGGAGGAGGAGGUGUUGGGUGACGAUUCGGAAGAAGAGGCACAGAACGAGUCGAGGGAGAGGGGAGAGGAGAACGAGGGGCCCCCAAACGGAGAGGGUGCCAGCGCCAAAUUCAGAGACCGCGAGGCGAGAGAACUGGUGCAAGAGGAGAGAGAAAUUGGGGUUCGACGUGAAGGAGAGGAGGAGAGAGAACCGCAAAACCAACGGCGUGAUCAAAAGGAGACUGGCUUAGCCGGGAAGGAGGAGGAAGGGGCGGGGCUUAACGAGACCGGGGAGGAUCUUAACGAGUUCCAGUCCGAAGUUCUCCGCGCUUUCGUGGAGUCGGAGAGGGACCCAGGGUCCCGGGGCCCCGGCAGGCUGGAGGACUGCGAUGCCCUGGCCAGGCUAGUGGCUCUGCCUCCGGUGAGGGUCAGAGCCUGGCUUGAUCGGGCUAGGGGGAGGGGCAGGAGCCGGGGGGGCCAUGGCGCGACCGGAGAAAGGAGCAGUGCAUCGGAAAGCUGCCCGGAUGAGAAGGGAGGCUUGAGAGAGGCGGGGAUGCUUGGGGGGAGGGAGAAGGGUUUGGAGGAAGGGAAAAACAACGGAGGAGGACCAGCUGCUGUUAAUAACGGGGGUUGCAGUGGUGUUAAUGGUUCUAGUGGAAGCAAUAGCUAUGGGCUGACUGGUCCUGCUUCUGCUGAACGGUUUUCUGCGGGAGUUGAGGAAGAUCCCACAGCGAACACCAGUGCUGAGAUAGAAGGGGAUGAGAGACGGGAGGGGGAGACAGAGGGAGCUAAGAGAGGGAGGGAGAGAGUGGAUAAAGAAACAGGAGGAGAGCAGAAGGGUUUACAGAGAAGUAAAGAGGAGGAAGGAGGGAGUGAGAAAGCGGACAGCCGGAGAAUUCCAGAGUCCCAGUUGGAAGCCUGUGGCCUUACCCUGCCCCUCAAUCUCUCCCCGCACCCCUGCCUGGGCCUCAAACCGGCGGUGAGCCCCUUCCUCGCACGCUACCUGAACCCCUACGUGAUCCAGGGGCACCCCAGCAUCUCGACCUCUGCCUCGCUACACAGCACCCCGACCGUGGGCAGAAUCCCUUCUCUUUCUCACUCCUCCUCCUCUUCUUCUCCCGUCCUCAACCAGACAGCGCAGCUGGAAGACAACGAGGCAGCGGUGGAUAUGACCAUACCCACGGCCGGCCGAAAGAGAAGGGGAGAGGAGGGGGGGGAGGAGGAGGAGGGGAGAGGAGGCUGCGAAGCGGCUGGGCUGCGGAAAACUGGGAGCGGAGAAAUUUUGGAGCCCCCGAAUCCUCUCCCUAGCGUCCUCCCGGACCCCGAAAGCGACGAGGAACCACCCCCGCUGCUCCGAGACGGCCGGCGCUCUCGCACCACCAUCCACCCCGAACAGCUGGACUUCCUGUACGGCUGCUACUUCCGGGACGCCAACCCCAUCAAGAGAGACUUCGAGCGAAUCGCCCGCUGGGUCGGCCUGGAGAAGAGAGUGGUGCAGAUCUGGUUCCAGAACAUGCGGGCCCGCGAGAGGAAAGGCGAGGUCCGGUUCUUCAGCGACGGGACCCUGGCCGCCGUGGGGAAACCGUUGAUCCGGUUCACCUGGCCCCCUGCUCCCUUAGUCGAGCCGGACGGCGCCGAAGAAGGGACCGUCGGAGUCCGGCCGGAUCGCAAGCCGUCUUCCCCGGUUCAGGUUGAGGAGGGGGAUCACGGAGAGGCCCGUUUCUUCGAGAGCGUGUCGCUCAAGAGGAUAAGGUUCGAGAAGGAGGGAGCAGGAGAAAGAUGGAACUCUCCACCCUGCCAGGAUGGCCGUUCCUUGACCGUAGUGAAAAACCAGAGCUGUCCUCGCCGCCACCACCACCACCACCACCACUAUCUCCGAAAUAGCAGCGCUGGCAGCGGCAAUUACCGUGGGGUUAGCGAUUCGUUUCGGGAGGCUGGGGAGACGGCAAAGGAGCUGCACUUCGAACCGGAGGAAGAGAGGAAAGAGAGGGAUCGGAAAGCGAACUCCCUCCAGCCGCCCACCCCUCCGCCCUCCGCUUGCCAGACUCGCUCCCAGAUCCAGAGAGACGAUUCCGCGAGGAAGAGGAGGAGGACACCACGGGGGGAGGAGGAGGGAGCCCGGCCCGAGGCCCAGGCUCAGAAGCGCAGGCCCAGGACCCACCUCAGUAGGCAGCAGAUCAGAGUCAUGCAGGCUUGCUUCAAGCGAUGCCGAACCCCCACCGUUCAGGAAUGUGAAGUCCUGGCCGGCGAACUGGACCUCCCGCCCAAGGUGGUCCAGAUCUGGUUCCAGAACUGCCGGGCCAGGGAAAAGAGACUCACGACCAGCCCCGUCACGACCCACCAGCACCAAGGGAGGGCGGGUUUCUGGAGCGAGGCGAGGGAGAGGGGGAGGGGCGAAGCGUCAUGGUCCAAAUGCCAGCUUUGCGACUUUCACUUCGGAGACCGGACCUCCGUCUCUAGGGAGCACCUUUUCUCCGGGGAGCACCUGCAGAGAUUGAAACAGGCAGAGGCCGGGCAGCCGGGCCCUCAGGACCCCCCCCGACCGGCGCCCGCCCUUCUGCGGAACUCCAAAGGGACGAGGUCACCUCCCGUUCCCCCACCAAGCCCGCCGCUCGUUUUCUCCAACGGAAACUCUGGUUCACCUUGACCUGGCGAGAUGGUUUUGUGUUUUUACCUUUUGAUUGGACCUCCGUUAUUUUUUUUGGGUUUUCACUUUUUUUUUUGAUGGACCGAAACCGGGGUGGUCUUGAUUACCCCCCCAAGCCCUCCAAAAAACAAAAAAAACAAAUCAAUGACUCUUUUGAGCAGCACUGUGGUUUGUGUGGUCCUCCACAUAGCUAGAGAAGCGCCCAUCCGAUUUGUGCCGAAACUCGCUGGGGGACCUCCUUUCAAGGGGUAUCAGAAUCCGGGGGGGGGGGG